UCCUCUGCUGCUGCGCAUGCGCACUGACAGGAACCGUUAGCAGCGCAGCGGAGCCGCGUGAGGAGAAACAGAAGAAGGAAACUAAAGAUAAGAAUAAAGUAAUAAAGUAAUAAAGGCGAUAAAAGUGAGACUAAAGAGAAGAGAGUGAGACGGAAGAGGGAUGAACGAGCUGGAGCGUCCAAAAGACGAGGAGGACCAGGAAGAGUCAGAGUGUCACCAUGACAACAGUGACGGGACCAACAACAACAACAACAACAACCGUCGCAAGACGGUGUGUCCAGGUGUAGGUGAACACCCCCUCCAGUACAACUACACCUUCUGGUACAGCAGAAGAACUCCGAGUCGUCCUGCGAGUUCUCAGAGUUACGAACAAAACAUCCGACAGAUCGGCACCGUGGCAUCGGUGGAGCAGUUCUGGAGGUUUUACAGUCACCUGGUCAGACCAGGUGAUCUGAGUGGACACAGUGACUUCCACCUGUUCAAGGAGGGAAUCAAACCCAUGUGGGAGGAUGAGUCUAACCGCAGUGGGGGGAAGUGGAUCAUUCGUCUUCGUAAAGGUUUGGCCAGUCGAUUCUGGGAGAACAUUGUACUGGCCAUGUUGGGGGAGCAGUUCAUGGUGGGAGAGGAGAUCUGUGGAGCCGUGGUCUCUAUACGCUUCCAGGAGGACAUCUUGUCGAUCUGGAACAGAACGUCCAACGACCAAACGACGACAUCCAGAAUCAGAGACACUUUAAGACGAGUCCUGAACCUUCCAACCAACACCAUCAUGGAGUACAAGACCCACAACGACAGCCUCAGGGACAACUCGAGCUUCAGGAACACAAAGAUUUCCCUCUGAAGACAAACAGCUGACCGUCGUCCUGUCCAAUCAGGACGCAGAUCACCAUCGUUACACUCUGCUCUGUCAUUGGCCAGUGGAGGGAGUGUGUGUGUGUGUGUGUGUGUGUGUGUGUGUGUGUGUGUGUGUGUGUGUGUUGAUGUGGACCAAUAAACUGACUGAACUUGA